AUGUUAUUCUCACGCAAUAGUUGGUCAAAGAAGAUGCAAAGGAUUAGUGAAACACGAAAUAUUGAAUUUUUCGUGUUAACUUCAUUAAUCCAAUUCUUGGUCAUGAUCUUUUUUUAUCUAAGAUUAUGGAAUCGUUUUAACUUCAUCAUACACUCGAAUGAUUCUAGUGACGAUGGAUGUUUAAAUAAUAAUCAUAUGUCUUCAAAUGACUAUCCUUCUUCAUUUGUUCUUGAAUUUCUCUUUCUCGUAUUAUAUCAAAUUUUCCAAUUUAAUUUUGCUUUAAAUGCGGUAGUCACUCAAUAUUGUGCUCAAGUUAGUAUCAUUGCUCUCAUGAAUGGAAUAAUAUCUUUGUAUGGUUUCAUCCAUUUUCUUGAGAUUAGAAGAAUAGUUAACGAAAUAAACGCUUCUUGUGCUAUAGCUCCUAAUCCACAAUACUUGGCUUAUGAUUUUCCUUUCAUUGUCACCUCUUUAAUAUUUGCUAUCACAAUGGGUUAUUUCGCUUAUAAAGUUCGUCGCGAUCUUUCUGGAAGAAUUUAUAAAAAGAUCGGACUUGAUAUGACAAUGCAAGGUAUCUUAUAG